AUGGGUUCACUUAAAUGUUUUAUCUUAGGAUUUCAAGAAUUUCUUACAACACCUAGUCGUUUAUGGAGAAUGCAUUAUCAUUUAACACAACUCACAUCUAGCAAUGCACAAAAUACCAAAAUUCAUGAGCAUCAACGUGAACGACAAAAACGUUUACAAAUUCGAAUUCCAAGCUCAGAUAGAUUAACAAGUAUUGCAUCACAUAUUGAAAUGCCUGGCUCAAGUGUUGAGAAGUUAGCCAAGUCCAAUGCUGAUUCACCUAUUUCACUUCCGAAUUUAUCUUCAUCUUCAUCAUCAUCACCGUCGUCAUUGUCAACAACGUCAACAUCUCAAAUUAAACGUUCGUCAUCAGAUUCACAGGGUUUAUUGGAACCAUUGGCAAGAAUGUGGUUGAUAAAUGUAGGACUGAUAUUGGUGUUAGCCAUAAUCUCGUAUUUAUUUUCCCUAAUUCCACUAACCCCAUCGCUUGUAUCAUGGUUCGAGUCUUCACGUUUCUGUCACUUCGUCCAUCGAUUAUUCUCAUGCAGUGUACACAUAGCAUUGCUUUUAUUUAUGGAAUUAGUCAAUCUUUUGUACUUGAAAAAAAUAUGCGAUCGUAUAACCUUGUUAUCUAUGACUAAAGAAUAUCGGUAUAUUCAAAGAACUACUACACGAUGUUGUAUACUUUUUACUGGUUUAUCAAAAUUUUCUGCUAAUGAUCGUUCAAAUGUUUUCUUAAACUCUGCAAUUGGUGGUACAAUCAUGGAUCGUUUAUAUACACUAAUCUUUUUUAUGAUAUUUCAAUUACAAUGGAGUUUAUUGGCUACACUGUCAGCAAAUUACUGGAUUGGUCACGUGAUCAACGCUUUCUCUGUUGCUUUCUUGUAUGCAUGUUAUGCAUUUGAAUAUCGUUGGCGACAAGUUGCCGGCACUACCUUUGAAGGAUUUUUAGGACGAAUUGUUGAUAAUUGGACGUAUUUCCUCGGAUACGGUCUACCACUUGGUUGUGCAUCUAUUGUAUUCCCACAUUUUAUCGGUUGGGGUGGUGUAAUUCUUGCAAUAGGUUAUCCAGUUCUUGUAAUUGGUGCAUUAGGUAGUCGUUGGCGUCCAUUUGAUGUGAAUAUUAAUGUGAAAGAUGAAUGGAAAUUAUUUCAUUUAUUACGUUAUUGUUUAAUUAUUUCACUUCGACCAGCAUUAUGGGUUUCUAAUUUAGUUGUACAAACUACUGCAUGGUUUGUUUAUCAAUUUUGGUUUCGACAAAAUUAUCCAAUUACCAAUGAUGAAAGUCGUCAAUUUUGA